AUGUCAUCUGAAAUGCUCAGUGAUGUGAAAGACUCUCAGCUGAGUUCUGACGUAAAACAGCGGGACAGUGGGGAUGGCGAGGACAAGAGAAACAGCGGGGAGAGCGAGGACAAGAGAAACAGCGGGGAGAGCGAGGACAAGAGAAACAGUGGGGACAGUGAGGACAAGAGAAACAGUGGGGACAGUGAGGACAAGAGAAACAGUGGGGACAGCGAGGACAAGAGAAACAGCGGGGAGAGCGAGGACAAGAGAAACAGUGGGGACAGUGAGGACAAGAGAAACAGUGGGGAGAGCAAGGACAAGAGAAACAGUGGGGACAGUGAGGACAAGAGAAACAGUGGAGACAGCGAGGACAAGAGAAACAGUGGAGACAGCGAGGACAAGAGAAACAGUGGGGACAGCGAGGACAAGAAAAACAGUGGGGACAUCGAGGACAAGAGAAACAGUGGGGAGAGCAAAGACAAGAGAAACAGUGGGGACGGCGAGGACAAGAGAAACAGCGGGGAGAGCGAGGACAAGAGAAACAGUGGGGACAGUGAGGACAAGAAAAACAGAGGGGACAGUGAGGACAAGAAAAACAGUGGAGACAGCGAGGACAAGAGAAACAGUGGAGACAGCGAGGGCAAGAGAAACAGUGGGGAGAGCAAGGACAAGAGAAACAGUGGGGACAGUGAGGACAAGAGAAACAGUGGAGAAAGCGAGGACAAGAGAAACAGUGGAGACAGCGAGGACAAGAGAAACAGUGGGGACAGCGAGGACAAGAUAAGCAGUGGGGACAGCGAGGACAAGAGAAACAGUGGGGAGAGCAAGGACAAGAGAAACAGUGGGGACAGCGAGGACAAGAGAAACAGUGGAGACAGGGAGGACAAGAGAAACAGUGGAGACAGCGAGGACAAGAGAAACAGUGGGGACAGCGAGGGCAAGAGAAACAGUGGGGACAGCGAGGACAAGAGAAACAGUGGGGACAGCGAGGACAAGUGAAACAGUGGGGACAGCGAGGACAAGAGAAACAGUGGGGAGAGCAAGGACAAGAGAAACAGUGGGGACAGCGAGGACAAGAGAAACAGUGGGGACAGCGAGGACAAGAGAAACAGUGGGGAUAGCGAGGACAAGAGAAACAGUGGAGACAGCGAGGACAAGAGAAACAGUGGGGACAGCGAGGACAAGAGAAACAGUGGGGACAGCGAGGACAAGAGAAACAGUGGGGACACGGGGGCG